CGGGUCCUUUUGCUGGUCGCACGUGUGUCUGAGAGAAGGUUUGCCAACAUGGCUGACUUACAGAUGAAACUUCUGAGGAAGAAAAUCCAGAAAAGGAAUGAAAAGAAUAAGAAGCGAAACUUACUCAAAAAACAGAGGAAGGAAGAAGAGGAUGAUGAUUGCGGCGGUAAACUUGCAGCACCGUGUCCGGACGCAGAAGACGAAAGGGAAUCGGGACAAGAGAGGGACACCGUGAAACCCGCCAAGAAGCUGAAGAAAACACAGCGCGUCUCUGCUGACGAGGACGCUGUAGCCCAGGGUCCCAGAAAGAAAAAAAGGAAAAUAAAAUUAACUAAUAAUUCUGAUGGAACAGAAACUAAGAAGGCUAAACAAGAGGAGGAGCAAGAGGAAACAGAAGGAGAGGCCAGUGGGGAGGUCGUGACCUCUGUGGACGGUUUGGAGGAGCCAGAGCAGUCUGAUGAGGAAGAGCAAGCUGCAAUUGCAGAGUCUGAGGAAGAUGAUGAGGAGGGCGAUGGGCCACAGCUACCAUUAGGGCUAACAGGUGCUUUUGAGGACACUUCUUUUGCCUCUCUGUCCGGUGCGGUCAGUGAACAUACACUGAAGGGAGUUAAAGAGAUGGGCUUCGAGCACAUGACGGAAAUACAGCACAAAAGCAUAAGACCACUGCUGGAAGGCCGAGAUGUUUUGGCAGCAGCUCGGACUGGCAGUGGAAAAACAUUGGCCUUUCUUAUACCUGCCAUUGAGCUGAUCUACAAGCUGAAGUUCAUGCCCAGAAAUGGCACUGGAGUAGUCAUUCUGUCACCUACCCGGGAGUUAGCAAUGCAGACAUAUGGUGUGCUUAAGGAAUUAAUGACGCAUCACGUACACACGUAUGGCUUAAUAAUGGGAGGCAGCAACAGAUCAGCUGAAGCACAGAAGCUUGCUAAUGGAAUCAACAUCAUCGUUGCCACACCUGGCAGACUGCUGGAUCACUUACAGAAUACCCCAGGCUUCAUGUACAAGAACCUGCAGUGCCUGAUAAUUGAUGAAGCUGACCGUAUUCUUGAAGUUGGAUUUGAAGAAGAACUGAAGCAAAUCAUUAAACUUUUGCCAAAACGAAGGCAGACCAUGCUUUUCUCUGCUACACAAACCCGCCGAGUGGAAGACCUGGCCAGGAUUUCCCUUAAAAAAGAGCCCUUGUAUGUUGGAGUUGAUGACAACAAAGAAACAGCCACUGUGGAAGGCCUGGAGCAGGGCUAUGUGGUGUGUCCUUCUGAAAAACGAUUCCUGCUGCUCUUUACUUUCUUGAAGAAGAACCGUAAGAAGAAGCUGAUGGUGUUUUUCUCCUCCUGCAUGUCUGUAAAAUUCCAUUAUGAGCUGCUGAACUACAUUGACCUGCCUGUCAUGGCAAUUCAUGGGAAGCAAAAGCAGACGAAACGCACGACCACAUUUUUCCAGUUCUGCAACGCGGACUCGGGAAUCCUGCUGUGCACAGAUGUGGCUGCCAGGGGCCUGGAUGUGCCGGAGGUGGACUGGAUCGUGCAGUAUGACCCGCCUGAUGACCCCAAGGAGUACAUCCAUCGCGUAGGGAGAACUGCAAGAGGGAUUGAUGGGAGAGGACAUGCCCUGUUGAUCCUCAGGCCUGAAGAGCUGGGAUUUCUGCGUUUCCUCAAACAAGCUAAAGUGCCACUGAGUGAAUUUGAAUUCUCCUGGAGCAAAAUUUCUGACAUCCAGUCACAGCUUGAGAAACUGAUUGAGAAAAACUACUAUCUGCACAAAUCAGCCCAGGAAGCUUAUAAAGCUUAUGUCCGUGCGUAUGACUCCCACUCCCUGAAACAGAUCUACAGCGUCAACACUCUGGACCUGCAGAAAGUGGCUCUUUCCUUUGGAUUCAAAGUGCCGCCCUACGUGGAUCUCAACGUCAACAGCAGCAGAGGGGUCAAGAUGCAGAAGCGAGGCGGCGGCGGGGGGUUCGGGUAUCAGAAGUCGAAGAACGUCUACAAAUCGAAGAUCUUCAAACACGUCAGCAAAGCCGGAGCCGACAAGAGGCAGUUUUCCCGCUGAGGGCUUUGUUCCUUCUACUAAGGGCGUUUUAAAGAAGUUAAAAAACCUGCAUUGGGGACAGAUGCUGCUUGUCGUCUUUUAAACGUUUGCGCGCGCGUCUGCUCUGCUUACGAACUCCUCCCUCCCCUUUCUGAAAAUUGUCAGCAUUCCCUGUUUUCUUCCCGAUGUGUUAAUUGGAUGUGCCAUUGAUGCCUGUUCAUGUGAUCCUUUAAAUAAUACCCGAUUUAGCUGUUUCACUCUUGGAGAAAGAACGAAAAAUAGAUGACCGAGUCCUGUAAUUCAUACAUUAGUCAGACUGUGUACCUUAUUUUGAAGUUGUAGGAAAGUUUCAGCCUCAAGAACUUCAACUUCCGAAGUCUUUCUGAUUCUCAAGUUUAAUUUGCAUUUUAUAUAUGACCUGCUUUUAUAUCCUGUAAUUUGACAAACUUUCACUUUUUUUUUAAGUCAAUAUGGGUGUCUGAAAGCAAUGACAAUAUAUCCAACUUAUUUAAACAUGGAAA